UCUAUUUGUAUAUUGGAAACAAACAACAGACCAAUUGAUCAGAGAGAUUCUCUGUCUCUCUGAGAAUCUGACUUUGAUUCUCUGAACCCCAUGGAAUGACCACAUCGUUGGACCGCCCAAUAUAACCCACCCACCAUCCGCCCAGCAUGUCCUCUAGUAUUCUUCUCCUGAGACAGUUCCAUCCGCAUCCCCGAUCCACCUCGUGUUCUUUGAACUCCUCAUUGUCCCGAGGUCGACCGAGCUGGCUCCGAGUAGCUCAACUUCGGCCCUCGGGAUCCCUGUUCCACCAUCAAAGUGGACCGCAUCGGGUGCCGCGUGGUGCUGGACCGCGGAGUCCGUCUUUUCGGUAUCAUCGCUCCGCUCAGGUUCUCUUGGACAAGUUCAUCAAGCACGUCAAGUAUGAGGCUUCCUUGGUGGUCAAGGCUCCGUUUCACAUCAAGGUCAAAGGCUCCCAUUUCGAGCAAGAUCCAGAACGGGCCAAAACGGCCAGUGGUGAUUUAGGUUCGUCAACCAAUCCCCGGAAAAACUUGCCCUCCAUUCUCAAGCAACUCAUGCAGCAAAAAGAGAUCGGGGAAACCGAACGGCAAGUUUUGAAUCGGUUGAGCGACGAUCUGCGGGCGGAAUACGAAGCUCAACUGGAAGACUUCCGACAAUUGGACCCGUACAGUGAGGAAAAGGUUCCUUUACAUGUCAUGUUGUAUGGACGACGGAUUCAUCGGGUCGAUUCGUAUUCGAUUUUGAGCUCGAAAUCCCAGCAAUCCCAUUUGUAUGUCACGGAUGCGUCCACCUUUGAAGAGGCUCAAGCCAUGUUUUCGCGGUUGGAACCCGGGGGCAAUAAGUUCGAGUCUUGUGGGAGCAUUUCUAUUUGGCAACCCCGACAUCCGGGUGCUUCCACUGACCACGAACCCGUGACCGGGAUCUCGGCUGAUGCGGAGAUCGUGGCCGGUUUAAAGCUUUAUAUUCCGCAUCACGUUCUUGACACGUUUGAUAACGGACUCAAAGGCGUAUUUCUCGUGCCCACGUUGAUGGAUCGAAUCUAUUUGCAAUCCAAGAACGAGGGUUCGAUUGAAUUGGAUGGACACAUCAUCAACGAGUUGACAUCCGUGGGGAUCUACACAGAGGCCGGGAAUAUUCGCGUGAAAGAGUUAUGCUCCUGUGAGGUCAAACUCGCUUCCCGAUUCGGUGAUAUCAUCUCGGACGGAACUCUCGAAGGUCACGUGGUCGUGGAAACGUACGGGCAGGGCGACUUUCAGGCCAAGUACAUCGAAGGCCCGAGUUUGACUGUCACCACGGAAAAUGGCGACAUUAACGUGACCGGUGAGAUUCACACCAAUGCCUCGCAAUUCUUCACCCAAUGCGGCGAUAUCACGCUGAAACAGCUUCACAAUUCGAGUUGCAUUAUGAUCCGGGAAAGUGGGAACCUCACGAUGCACCUCGUUCAUGGCGAAGUGACGGCCAUUGUCAAGAAAGGGGACAUUCACGCCACAGUCGAUAGCGUCACGGGUAGUUCGUCACUUCAAGCAGCUGAAGGCGAUCUGACUCUGACGAUCCCGGAAAAGCAUUCGUUCCGCAUUUGCGCCACCGCCACCACAACAAAUAUCGCACCUAAAAUCUUGAACUCGGGCGAGCUUUUUCUGUCAGAGAAAUCUACACAUCAGAAAUUCACGAGCGGUUCAAUGAUGGGAGGCAAAGACGAGGAUAUUCCAAUGCUCACCGUGUAUGUGCCGAAUGGAGCUUUAAAUAUUCUCAUGACUCCAAAUGAGGAGCAUCACGAGGAGCUGGACUCGAUCUCAUAGAUCGGAUUGAAACGGGACAGAAUUGAUUCCUUUGAUUUGCCUCUUUUCGCAGUUAUUACAAUGUCUUGGAUACAUCCAGUUGGCAUGAUGAAAUGCUGAAUAAAACCUCAAAUGAGUCGUCGAA